AUGGCGGGCAAGUUCUGCAAAGCCAGGCUGGAUGGAUUAUCGGCCCUAUUUCACCUUCACGAAUCUUCCAUGCUGAUUUUGUGCAUUCUAAGUUUGGUAUUUGCUGUCGUUGCGGCUGUUGGGAACCUACUAGUUAUUCGAGCCUUGUGGAAAGCCUCCUCAAUUCCCGCCAAUUUAAAGAAGUUGUUUUUCAGUCUUGCUUUGUCUGAUCUUGCUGUUGGGAUGUUUUUGCAACCUAUGUUUGGUGUUAUCAUGGCGACGAUGUUGAGAAAGGCAUUGACAGGAAACUACAACUUUGUUUCAUUCUGUCCCAACAUUUUAACUACAUGUUACUAUUUCAUGUUUCUUCUCGCUUGUGCGUCGUUUUUGCAUAUCACUGCCAUUGCACUGGAUAGACUUCUUGCUAUUUCUCUCCAUCUUCGGUAUCUUGGACUUAUCACUGAAAAACGUGUUUUAAAAGGUUUGGUGUCCAUAUGGGCAACUAGCGCUGUAAUUGCUUCCAUAUUUAUUGCCCUUCCCGAAAAAAAUAACUUGGUACAAGCGAUUGUUGACUUUGCUGGCCUUCUCUUGACAUCGGUAGCAUAUGUCCGCAUCUACAAAAUAGUCAGAUAUCAUCAGAAUCAAAUUCAAUGUAUCCAAAUCCAGCUGCAAAAUACCCAGACAACAGAGCUGCUCCGACAAAAGAAAUCUGCCUUCAACGCUUUGUUCGUCUAUGUUGUUUUCCUAAUUUGCUAUCUUCCUCUCAUUUUUUCUGUAGUACUGGACACAUUAACAAACGUAUCUCCAAUCCGCGUUUUGAUGGUUCAUAAUUUUACAGAGUUUUUAGUUCUCCUAAAUUCUUCUUUAAAUCCUUUUAUCCUCUGCUGGCGAUAUCGAGAAAUUCGGCAGAUUGUGACCAGUAUUGUAAUAAAAAAGUUUCGA